AAGUGAAACUAAUCUCAAUUCCAAAUAUUUAAUUUAGAAGCAGUUACUAGGCAUCUAGUAAAGCUCGAAAUACAUGUUGGACCAAUUUCGGCUAAAGACGCCGUUUUGAGGUGGAACGAGGCUGUAAAAAGGCUUCCUCCCUCUAAAGCAGGGGGCAAAUUUUUAUACCUUAGGGCAAUACUGCACCUCAGAAACUUAUUGUGUGAACCUCGUGUUGCUGUUGUUUGGAACAAUUUCACUUAAUGAAUGCUGGAGCCUGCGAUCAUAAACUUGCCGAGACUGGCCAAACAACUGGAUUGGUCUUGAAAUAAUAUUUGCGAAAUAACUUCAGUAAUACUUCUGGCCCCAUUCCAUGGCCCAUACAUGACCCUGACUACACCGUGCACGCUUAGUGUAAUUAAGAUACCUACACCUAAACCACGAGAAACAAAAUAAGGUAGCAUAUCUGGGUGCUUCGCCAACAUGCCAAACGUUAACGCUCUGUAGCGUAGCUCUCUCUAUCACUCUUUUAUAUUAGUAUGACAGUGACAGUUGCGUUUCGUUCGCUACGGAGCGUAAACGAUUGGCAUGUUGGUUACGCACCCUGGUCCAAAAUUUAUUGCUUUUGCUGGAAUCAAAUAGAUUAACUCUUGGGUAUCCAAAUAAGGAAGCAGGAAAAUGCUUAGAUUCAGUGAACUGAAUGAAAUAACUUUGGUUGCUAAAAUAUUAAAUACGAGUACUAAACCCCUUAUUCAUAAACGUCUACUAAAGUUGACAAGCCACUAAUAAUCGUUGGUCCCUUUCCGACGUAUUGGUAUGAUGGAAAGGGACAAACGAUUAUUAGCGGGUUGUCAACUUUAGUAGACGUUUAUGAAUAAGGGGGUAAAUUGAUACAAAUAGUUACGUAUUCGUAUAUCUUGCAACUUGCAAUUCUAUAUGAAUACAACGCGAUUUACGUGACAUCGUCAAUCUUUCAUUUUUAUCUUAGAUAAUAUCUCCUAUAAUAAUAUCUACAUAUCUAAAGACAAUUACUUGAGGAAACACAAACUAAACUUCAAAACAUUGUACGCUCAAGUUCCAUAAAUAUUUUUAAUGACAUCCAACUUUCUCCUGUUCCGGCGUUAAAUAUUUAAAACUUGUUUCUUGGGCUUGUAGACUGUGCAUUUAAAAUGAGUAUUGGUUCUUAGUCACACACAUCACUUAAAUACUUUGUGGUGUCUCGCUUCACAUAUAAUUUAAACCCGUAAGCCUGCCAGGACACUCAUUUAUAGAAAGUGAAAUUGGCAAGCCGCAUAGUAAAGCAAAGCCAUGAUAAAAUUAAAUUUACUUGCACUUUUAUAUAUUUAUAGUAACUUAUAUCAAACAGGAAAAUGUGAAAUAAUUUAUACUAAUGAUAGAAACUAUGAAGUAAUACAUUUUCAAAUUCCAAAGACCAUUUGGAAGCAAGCAUUAAAUCCUACACCAGUUUUAAGACAACAAGCGACUGUCGUGCUACCUAUACAUAUAGCAGUUGACGAUACAAACGAUGUGGAAGAAGACGAAGAAGAUUUAGAAGUAACAGAGCCCAAUAUAGUGCAAGAGGCAGUCAGUCAACCAGUGGUCCAAGAUGAAAUAGUAACUGCAACCCCUGCAGUUGUACCCAACAUAACAGAGGUACCUAUACUUGAUGAAGAAGCUUCCACGACAGUGACGCCAGAUAAAGUAAACGGCUCCGUAUUUCGAUUCCCUUGUUCGUGUGUUCGGGGGCAAUGCGGGUGCUGUACUGGAACUAUUAUGGAAAGAUUUAGGAUGAAGGCAUGUGGCAAUAUAAGCUUUGUACCGGAAGAUUUCGUAUUUGAUGUCAGAAUGAGUGUUAAUAAUCGGACUGUUCUUCGGCGAAGAGUUUCAGCUGACAACCCACCCCCAAUUUGCUUCAACCCUGGUAGAGCACCUUUCGUCCGUAUCUGCGCGGAAAUCUCAAAUAUUAGGAUCCGUAAUAAUAACGCCUUCGCUUGUUUGGACAUCACUGCGGAUAUUGCUGGGUUUCAAAUUUAUUCCGCUUCCUUUAGAUGUUUCGGAUUAGGUACAAGAGGCCUUCAAACUGGACUAAAACCAAAGCCAAUAUCAUCAGGUCCCGCUCCCGUAAGCCUUUUUGGUAACAAUGGUGACGACGAUGACCGCGGUGGCUUCCUUUCCAAUGUUGCUGGGGGCAUCUUUGGCGGAGGGGAUGAAGGGGGUCUGUUUGGUGGUGGUGGAGGAUUAUUUGGAGGUGGAUCUGAUGGUGAUGACGAUGGAGGACCGCUGGAUGAUAUAGGAGAUGCCGUUGGAGAUUUAUUCGAUGGAAGAAAAUUCCCUUAAUUGUUCGAACAUUAGAAAUAAGUAUUUAUUAUUUAUUUUUAACCUAAGUGAAUAUUUAUUUUUAAAUGUCAAAUGUCAAAGACGUAGGUAAUCUAUUAAAUUGUAUAUAUGAAUAAAUAA